UUCAUAUUGUACAUAAGCAUUUUGCAAAUAUUUAUAUCUGAUUGUUAGAUUACGAGAAAAACAAAUGUAUACACGUACUUGAAUGAGUUCGACGUUCAAAUUUCGCGCGCUGAUGGUAGAGAUAACAGUCCGUCGUUUUGGCGCCUAAACUAAUGAAAAUAGCGGGAGUUUAUGCGCGACUCGUCGCCCGCACAGUUAGUUGUGUCAGUUGGCCCGGGCACAUCAUACAAAAAUUUUGAAAAUCUUUAACGGAUUUCUUCUAGUGUAUACGUAUAUAAGGAAUGUCUCAACCGUCAGUAACAGCGUAUUUUAAUACGCGUAAACGACAAGCAACUGACGAUUUGCGAAGUAAAGCAAAAGUUUUGCUUCUUGAUCAAGAGAGAUCCAGAUCAGUGAGUAACCAAAUUCAAUCGUCGACUGACGAGGAUAAUUCCGAGUUAGCUCCGAUUCAAGAGGAGAAAACAAUGAGCACGAGUCCGAAGGUUAUUUUAGUUCAUGCCAAGGAACCAGACGAUGAUCGUACGUCAAGGCCCAAUACAGCUGUUCGGAACAUCCAGUUUGAUUCUCCUAAGUCUAGUGGCCAGAAAACGCCCAAGCACAGUGCUCGCGGACGAGCCACAGGUUCGCGAAAAUUAUCUGGCCACGAGGAGGGCCAGGCAGAUAUCAGGGAGAGUUUUCAGAAGAUCGCCGACGAUUCUGGCAUUAAGAAGGUACUCUUUGAGAAGAAAGGUGCACUGAGUCCGAGGAAGAGACUUCCAGAAACACCUAAGAAGAACGAUCAUUCCACUGAGAACGAUCAAUCUACUGAGAACGAUCAAUCUACUGAGAACACAAGGAAUACUUCAACCGACCAGUCAUUGGUUAACUGUGUGACACCAAAAAAAGCUUCAACCAUGGACAGAUUGGCGAAGCAGGAGUUAUCCUUGAAUGAUAUAAGAAAUAAAAUGAAGAAAUCUUCUAAACUUAAGGAGUUGAAAGCCUCUUUGACUCGUUUCAAGAAUAAAGAGCAAAGGCUGGGACAGUCACUCAAACAGAACAAUAAGAAACCACAAAUACAGAAGUUCGAGAAGAUCCAGCUUGAGAUACCAGUUAGUCCACAGAAAGCAUACAAAUCUCCUAGCAAAACAAUAUUAAGUCCUUUGAAAGACAAGCAACUGAUGAACGUCAGCCCUCAACGUAGAAUUUUAUUCGAUCCUAAAGAAUCAACGCCAAGCCCUGUGAAAGGUAGCCCAACCAAAGCACCUGCUUAUCAACAGUACUUAUCAAUUGCUGAAAGUGCCACUCCUAUUUUACCAUUGCCGUAUCACUAUAGAUUUUUGGCAGAGGCGUUCAGAUGCGUUGAUACAAUUUCCGCAAUGUUGUUCAAUCGUAAAGAAACAAUAACUUUCAAGAAGCUGAAACCUGCGGUUCAAGAGCUGUUGCGUAAAAAUUUCACAUUGGAGCAUUUAGCACAGAUCAGGACCAUUUUUCCGGACGCGUACGUUUACAGUCAAGAAAAGCAUCAUACAUUUGGUUCUUCGUCUAAGCAAGAUAAAUAUGAGUUAAUUCUAACACCAAUUGUUGAAGAAAGAGAUGGAAGAAAUACCCCAGAUGCAGAUGAUGUUUUGAAAACAGCAUCAGAAGUCAGUAUGGGACCGCGAGUAUUGCUUGAUAGACGAAGGAAAUUUUACAAUAUCUUGCUUGAUAAAGUAAAAGACGAACAUGAAAAAUUUUUGCUCAAUUUGGAAACACCAAUGCACGUUCCGAAAGAAAAAAUUCUGCGUUGGCAUCCUGAAUUUGAUAUUGAAACUUGUAAAUCAAUUGAACAAUCUGAUUUGCCACGACCACCUAACACGGAAAGAAUGACAAGUGCAAAAGAUGUUCUUGACAAAGCAAAAUCUUUAUUCAAUUGUGGCACACGUAUGGAAAAAGCGUUGCAACGAUUGGCAGAAGCAAAGAUGACGCUUUCUCCAAAGAAAAAUGAAGUAAAUACUACUACCCAAACUGAUGUGCAAAAAGUUAAUAUUACUAUCAUAGAUACUCCACCUAUUACACCUACUGUACACAAUAAUUAUCUUACUAGUGCACUAAAAGGCAUACCAAAGACUCUUCUUGAAAAGGUUCGUGCUAAACAAGCUGCUAAAGCGUUGGAAGCUAUGACACGUUCACCAAAUGCCGAAAAAGAAGCUAUGAUGUAUUCAAGAUUACCCGAAUUGGUUAAAAUUUUGCGUAACAUUUUCGUAGCCGAGAAAAAGGGAGUUUUAACAUUGGAAUUUGUAAUUACUAAAUUGGAAAAUUCCUUUAAAGCUAAAUUAACUCCUGCUGAAUUAGAGGAGCAUCUACGUUUAUUGUGUAAAUUGCUACCUACGUGGACUAGUAUACAUAACGUGCGACAAAUACAUUAUUUGAAAUUGCAGAAAGAAAUCGAUCUUACGAAGGUAAUAAAAAGAUUAGAAAUCAUAGCUAAUAACAAAGUAAAAUCAUCAUGACAUUUAUGAUGCAAUGAUUAUUCCCUUUUCUUUUCUUGCUUCAAAUUGAAUUAUAUAUAUGCAUUUAAUUCUGAUCAAUUUUAUUUUAAA